UCACAAUUUUUCUAAUCUCUAUGCAUUCCACUUCAUUCAUGACAAGCAUUUCCGUAAAAAGGGACAAAUGGAUAUCUCGGUGGAAAACGGGUUAAUUUGUAGCAUUUUGAUUAUUAUUCUUUUUAUGUGGAUAAGAUGGCGAAAAACACAAUUAAGGAUAUUCAAAGACCUUGGAAUACCUGGCCCAUCUCCAAAUAUUUUAUUUGGAAACAUACUUGAACUAAAUCGAAAGGGUCCUCAGAAAUGUCAUAAAGAAUGGAUAGAAAAAUAUGGCAAAAUACUUGGCUUCUACCAUGGGAUGAAACCGGUUUUAUUAGUUGCAGAUCCUGAAUUAUUGAAGAAGAUUUUGAUCAAAGACUUCCAUUUAUUUUGCGAUAGACCGGAAGGUGUGCCGCUGCGGGUACACAGCUUCCUAGACCAAAUAAUUCCUGCCUCAGCAAUUAUGGACAACUUGUUGAUAAAUCUGAAAGGAGAACAUUGGAAGAAAGUCAGAUCUAUUCUGUCGCCCACCUUCUCAGCUAAUAAACUCAAAGGGAUGAUACCGGCAGUGAAUCAAGUGUGCGAUUCUGCUCUUUCCAUCUUAGAAGCGAAGUCUCGUAACGGAGAAAUCAUUGAUAUCCUGGAUGUUUUGCAGAGGCUCACACUGGAUAUUAUCUCCGCUCAGGCUUUCGCAAUGGAUGUUGACAGUCUCGAAAAUCCAGAUGAUCCCUUGUUGAGAAGUGCAAAGAUCGUAUUCGAUUUGCCGUUUGCUUCAAAAAUUGUUUUCUUCGGACGAUGCUUUCCUGAACUCAGCUUUUUCGCCAUGGCAGCCAAUUUCUUGAGUAUGUUUAUAAGAAACAAAGGGUACAUACCUCCUCUUAAAAUUACUCAAGUACUAGAGGUUAUUAUAAAAGAAAGAAGAAACAAUCCAAAGCUGAAGUCACCUGAUCUUUUACAAUGGUUAAUGGAAGCUUCAAAUUUUGACACCGAUUUGGAGAAAGAUAAUUCCAACAAGAAAGAAGAAUCAUUUUCAGAAUCUUCAAAAUUACCCAGAAAGCGACAAACUCUUAAUGAUGUUGAAGUCAUAUCAAAUGCUUUAGUUGUCUUUUUAGCUGGGUUUGAGACAACGAGUUCUGCUCUUGCAUUUUCCUUCUACUUUUUAGCAAAAUACCCGGAAUAUCAACAACAAAUUCAAAAGGAAAUAGAUUUCCUUAUUGAACAGGAAGGACAGUUGGAUUAUUACAAUGUAAGCAAUUUCCAACUGAUGGAACGUUUCUUCUUGGAGGCCAUGAGGUUUUAUCCACCAGCAAUAAAUUUUAUCAUUAGGUUAUCCGUAUCUGACGUCGACUAUGGAUACGUGCGCAUACCAAAAGGAAUGGAAAUUAAUAUACCAGUUGAAUACAUACACCACAGUGAAGAGUUCUGGGAACAACCAGAAGAAUUCAACCCAGACAGGUUCUUGCCAGGAAGCGCAGCUAAACGUCAGUCCUGUAGUUACAUGGCAUUUGGCACUGGCCCUAGAAGCUGCAUUGGACAAAGGCUCGUCAACAUCACAUCCAAAAUUAUUCUUGCAAAGAUCUUGCACAAAUUUACAGUGGAGCCCGCCGAAUCUCAUGAGCAGAUGAAAUCUGUUGUGAAAGUUUUUACGAUGGUCCCCGAAAAGGUAUGCGUGAAGUUAAAACCACGAUCCACAUCAAUGUAAAAUAAACUUUAUUUAUAAUAUUUUAUGCUGAAAUAAAAAUGAAAUUUAAAUAAUCA